UGAAUUUAUAACGGUUCAAGAUCUUCAAAGACACGUUGAAACUUGUGACUUUGCUCCGGUGUUGUGUUCUAAUGAACGUUGUGGACAGAGAUUAAAGAAAUGUUUCAACAAAUUGUUAAUCAAGAAGCUCAAGCGAAAAUGAAAAUGGUUGAAUUGAAUGCAAAAAUGAAUCAAAACUUUGUUGAAAUAAAUAGAUCAAUAAAAGAGACAGCAGAGCCAUUAAAAACCCAAUUUUCACGUAUGCAAUGUGAAAUAAUAGAAUCAAAGAAAGAAAUAAAAGAUGUUCGACAAAAUCUUUCUACAGUAACCAAAGAAAUGAUGGAAUCAAGGAAAGAAAUUACAGAUGUUCGACAAAAUCUUUCUACAGUAACCAAAGAAAUGAUGGAAUCAAGAAAAGAAAUAAAAGAUGUUCGACAAAAUCUUUCUACAGUAACCAAAGAAAUAAUGGAAUCAAGGAAAGAAAUAAAAGAUGUUCGACAAAAUCUUUCUACAGUGACAGAAUCCAAGUUCUUUCAAAUUUUGGAAAAAGAUGUGAUACAAAAUCAUGUUCAAACAUUGCCUUCAUCAAUUGAGAUAGUGAUGAGCGUGGUAAGAAAAGAUGUAUUGGUUGCUGGAGGCUACCCACGAGGUCGCUCAAAGAAUGUCGAAAUAUUUUCAUGGAAGGAGGAGAAAUGGUUUGAGAGUGCAAAGAUGAAAAUUGGACACUGGGCUGCUUCAUCAUUUGUUUAUAAUGAUAAUUUAUUCGUUGUUGGAGGAUGUGAUUUUAAUUCAACUGAGGUUUUAAAUCUUAACCGGCAGCCUCUGACAUGGCAGACAUUUCCUGAAGAGCUUCCUUUUAAAAUUUGCAGUCAUAAAACUGUUGUGUACAAAGAGCAAGUUCUUUACAUUGGAGGAUAUAAUGAAGAUAAACAAAAAACAUCUGAUACGAUAAGUGAAUUGCAAAUUACAGGUACUCCAUUUCCCGUCUUGAAAGAGUUGUGUCAUAUGCCUGAACCACUGUUUGACCAUGGAGCUGAGGUCGUUGGUGAUAAGGUUCUUAUUUUUGGAGGAAAUGGAAAAGAUGAAAAAGCUUUAUCUAAUGUUUUGGAGUUUGAUCCAAGAACUCUGACAUUCAAGGAAAUGCCUCCAUUACCUCACCCACUGACAAGAAUGGCAACUGUUCGAUGGAGAGAUCAAGUUGUUCUUCUUGGAGGUGUUCAUUCUUGUAGCUCAAACAGUGUCAUUAUGUAUGAUAGUAGCACAGGUGAGACUACUAUUUUGCCACCCAUGCUGGAAAAAAGAGAGAGAGGGUGUGCUGUUUUAACGGGAAAUGCAAUUGUUGUCAUUGGAGGAGACAAUGAUAAAGGUAAACAGCUUAAAUCAGUGGAAUAUUUUGAAAUGGGACGAAGUUCUUCUUGGUCAUAUCUUCCUUCAAUGAUUGAGCCACGAUCUAGAGCCAUUGCCGAAAUGUUACCCUUAGGACAUGUAUAUUUUUAGAUGGAAAUAAAUAUCUUAUAACGCAAAUUGCAAGCAUGUAAAAGUUAUGGAUCUGAACAAUAAUUUAUGUGAGAUUUUGCACUUUUGUUGCAUUUUUUUAGUGUAUUUAGCCUCACCAUGAAUUUAUUAUUAUAAUUCGAUUUCAUCCAAAAAAUAACGUACGAAAAUUUCAUCACUAUAGCUUUCUUAUUGUAAUUAUUAUAAUUUGAUUCUAAUAUACUCACAAUGCAUGCCAUGUAAAUAUCACUUUGUCUAACACCUUUAUCACACUUUGUCCUUUACUUCCUAGCUAUUAACUCUUAUGUGUCAUUUAUCGUCAUGUAUGUUGCUUUUUCAUUCAAUAAACAUUAAAGUAUUUGCUUUGCAUGGAACAAAAUAUGAACAAUGCCUGCUUUGUCACUGUUUAUAAGUAUAAUUUUCAUUGAUUUUAAUGUCAAAGGGAAUUGCUUACAAUGUGAACAAUAAAUCGCCAAAUGUGUAAAAUUAGUGUAGCAUAUCUUGUUUUAAAUGUAUAUUUUUUACUUCA